AUGUGUAAACGGGCAGUGGAUGACUAUAGAAAGGAGCCAAAAAGGUUGAAGUCUCCCCAGAUGUAUACGCAGGGACCUCUAGACCUGGUUUUUGGCCAACACCGUGCGUUUCCGGAGGCAGAUUCUGACUCUCCAGUAUGGACAUAUCUAGCCAAUGUGCGCAAAGAGGCAGAGGACGAUAGAGUAUGCCAUUUCGUAGAUGAAAGAGUUUUCAAUGAUGGUGAUAACUUGGCCCCCGAUUCAAGAAUUGGGGAUAGUCCGAAGGGAUCAAAUCGUACUAUCUCGACUGACCUCGUGACAAGGGUACUUGCGCAAUUGAAUAAGGAAAAGGAAUUGUAUGAGCUGCAAAAUCUGAAUAGCGAUAAUGAUGAAGACGAGGUUCAAUUUGAUGUUGCUGAGCUUGACUUUUCUGUCGGCGACAACGAGGAGAGUGCGGACAAUGAUUGGGAGCAAGACGAUAGCAACGAAACAGAAGCUCAGAAUGAAGUUGAAAACAAAACAGAGAUUGAGGUCCAUUCUGCCACAGCCGGGUCAUCUACCAGUACCUCUGAUGCAAAUGCACUGCUAGAAGGCCUAGAUCAAGAUCUACUACAAUGGCCAGUGCCGGAGUCUGCAGCAAAAUGGCGAGAGUUGGUUUUCGGAUCAUCUCCGCCUCCUCAAAGAUACUUUCACGAGGUAUUGGAGCAUCCUACCGUCAUCAAGCUCAUAGUCUACUACACCAAGUGGCUACUGGCAACCAUGCCCAGCACCUUGUCCGAGUGGAUUUUCGCAACAUUUGUGCGUUUGGACAAUGGCCUAGACCAUAAGGAACUCGCUCUAGUGCGAGACUUGGGCUGCAAAGCACAGAAGCUACGGCUGAAGUGUGUCGCCGCCGACAUGCCAUAUAAUGCUACUUAUGACACGAUCCUAGCGAUAGUUGGAGAGUACUAUGGUCAAAAGGACCUACUCAGAUGA